AUGGACAACAUUGACGAGGAAUAUGACCGGCUCGUUGAACACCUUCACGACAGCGCGAAGAAGGCUGAGAGUUUUAAAGCCAUCAAGAGACGCCUGUCUCUUGAAACCCUCGAGCUGAUAUGCCAGCGUGGAUCAGCACGAGCCGCAAGGAACCAACAACUCACGUCCGAGCUCGCAAUGCUUUACAGAGAGGCGGUAAAUCAUGACCUUAAAGAGAGAAGAGCAGAAGUGCUGGCUGAAGUUGCAGAGGGGGGGAAAAGCAUCCGCUAUGCCCGUCGAGACUUCGCCAUUCGCAAGACGAGGAUGACUGCUCUCCGGAACCCGAAGGGAACACUCACUACAUCGAGAAGGGGGAUAUAG